AUGUCAGAAUCUGAUGAAGAUGAUGCUAUAUCGUUGAUCGACAAAAACAACCUCGACAUUGGCAUAUACAUAAUGAAGUCGAAAGGUCAAUCAUUAUUGAAGGCGAAGACUUCUCAGCUCGUAAACUCAAUUCAAGCUCUCAAGUAAUUGACUUAUCAACGCAACCAAAUCAUAGUUUAAUCUGCACUCUGCAGUGAACUUGUAGAGAAAAUAAAGGAUUUGGAACUGGACUUUAACAUCAAAAUUAGUGCGUUUAUAACGCAAGAAGUAUCUAGUAUACAAGAUAAACGGAAGGCGUAUGCUAACGAGUCGCUCCUCCACGGAAAUCGAGCAUUAAAGGAUGAAAACAAAUCCCUGCUGCAAAAGAUCGCUAACUUGUCCUUCAUAGUAUCCGAUUUAAACACCAAACUUAAAGAAUCUAAAAAUGAAAAACAGAGUCUUUAG